GAGGUCUGGCACAGCCGCCGCUGCCGAAGGGCCGAAGGGCCGAGGGGCGACGUCAAGGCUCAACCGCCGCCGCCGAGGGGCCGAGGUCAGAGCUCAGCCUCCGCCGGGUCCAGACCCAGAGUCGCGCUCCUCCCGGGAGUCCCGCGGGCUGUGACUUCGCCGACGCGGUCCCCGCCCCCGCAGCCCCGCUCUUUGUAGGACCCGCGCGGGCGCAGCCUCGGCCCGGGGCUCCCGACUCCGCGGCCGGGCACCGAGUCUGGCCCGAGUGUCCGCGCAGCUAAUUUCUGUCUCCCAGUAUGGAAGAAGAUAAUAGCCUGUUCCCUGAGGAUGAGCUUUUGGACAGCGUCCCCCUUUUGGAAGAUGAGAGAGAUGAAUUAGAGGAUCCAGGGUUUGAGGCUGCAUCUCUCCCUCAGGAAGCUGAGAAUGGUGCUCGCCCCAAGUCCUACUGUUCAAUGAAGCAAAAAAAUAUUGAUGCUGACAAAACGAAGAAGAUAGCUGUGGAAGAUAGAACUCAGACGUUUCACCUGAGGAAGACCUUGAGCUGUCUGGAUAAGAUGCACGAAGAGAAAGAUCUUUUCAUUCAGAAAACGAGAGAGGAGCUGCGUGCCUGUCGCCAGAGGAUGGAACUUCUCCGCACACAGCAGGAGAGCUUGGCGGCCGAGAUUGCUGCGGAAAGCGCGGCCAACAAUGUGGCAGCCAUCGGCCGUCUCCAGGCAGCAUCCAGACGUCUGUGCACAGAGCUGGAGAACGAAAGAGACUUGCAGACGAAGAUCAUGGCCAUGCUGGCAGAGAAUGAGAACGCCAUGUGGCACAUCGAGCUUGAGCAGGGGCAGCUGGAGGACUUCCGGAAGUCAGAUGCAAAGCAGGUGCAGGCCUCCAGGCAGCACCUGCAGGAGCGUGCAGUGCGGCAGCUCAGCUGGGAGAAGGAGGCUGUGGGGAAGGCAGAGAGGACCCAGCUGCUGCGGGUGCGGAGGUCCCUGCACAUGCAGAAGGAGCAUGGACUUAGGCACCAGAAACUGGUGGAAGACGCCCAGAAGAAUCGCAAGAUCGCCAUGGCAUUCCUGAAGGCCUCCCUGGGAAGAGUUCGACAGCAAGAGGAGGAGGAGGAGGCGGAGGCCCAAGAGCACCUGAGGAGGCGCAUGGAGGCUGUGCUGGCACUGAAGAACAGCAUCACCGCCAACCGGGAAACGCUGCGGAAGUUCCAAGCAUGGAGCCGGGCCAAGGGACAGCUGGCAGAGCAGAGGGCCCAGGUGGAGAAGGAGGUGGUUCUGGCCCAGGGUGGGGAUGCCUUCAGGCACCUUCUCCAUCAGCGCCGGCAUCAGGAGCUAGAGGCCCAGACGAGGGCCUUUGAGGAGCAGCAGAAGCUCCGGAGGCAGGAGAUUGUCAGCCGCAUCUUGAAGGAGGAGGCUGAGGAAGAAAGCCGCAAGAAGCAGCGUCCCCCCAGCACCACCGCAGCCCUCCAGACCCUGAGGGACAAGACCUGGUGCUACAUCUCUGACAUCUUCGAGGGCAAGGCCGUAGCCCCAGCUGCCUCUUUCCUCCAGGAGGAGGAUGACGACGAGGGCGCGUACGGCGACAUCUCUCAGUUAGCAAAGGCCGUCUCCUGCGAGUCCGUUCAGACGGACCAUGCAAGCAUCCCUGAGGAGGACGAAACUUUAGCUGAGCCAGAGAUCUCUGGGCUCUGGAAGGAGGACCAUAAGCCAUACCAGGUACCAAAGGAGGACGUAGACAGAAAGCCCAUGGGCGGGACAAAGAUGGACAAAGACAUUCUGGCCCGCACCAUGGACCGGCUGCGGAGCGGCUUGAUCCACAGGCAGGUGGCCUCCGGGCGCGAGUUCAAAGGCUGCCCCUUCAACAGCAAGCCGGAGAUCAUCCACUUCAAGGACUUUGAUGUUGGCAAAGUAUACAAGAAAAAGAUCACACUGAUAAACGCCACCUAUACCAUCAACUACUGCAAGCUGGUGGGCGUGGAGGAACACCUACGGGACUUCAUCCACACCCACUUCGACCCCCCAGGCCCUAUGUCAGCUGGGAUGUCCUGCGAAGUGCUCAUCACCUUCAAGCCCAUGAUAAAUAAAGAUCUGGAAGGAAAUGUCUCAUUUAUGGCUCAGACAGGCGGAUUUUCUGUUCCACUGAAAUGUUCAACAAAGAAAUGUUCUGUGUCCCUUGACAAGGAGCUCGUCGAUUUUGGCAGUUACGUGGUGGGGGAGACUGCAUCCCGGACUAUCACACUGACCAAUGUUGGGGGGUUGGGCACAUGGUUCAGGAUCCUUCCUGCCUCAGACCCCUGUGAGUCGGAUGAACUCCAGUCUGUCAUGAAGAUGAGCAGUCUCUUCACAUAUGAAGAUAAAAGUGAGAAAGCCAUCCCAAGUUUUUCUGAGCAACAGCUUGAGGCCAAUGAGUUCUCCCCCAUGGACAUCCCAAGCCGGAAGGACUCAGAAAAGCUGGAUAGCAAGGACCAGGAUGACAUGCGGCCUGCAGAAGCAGAGAGAUUGACAGUGGAGGAACAGGCGGAGAUCAUGCUGGGGGAGAUAACAGAGGGGGAGCUUGGCCCCUUCAGCUCCAUCAAAGUGCCCAUCAUCUUCACCCCAUCCAUCCCAGGGGAGGUCAACACCAGGUUCAAGGUCACGUUUAAGAAUCCGUAUUGCCCAACAUUGCAUUUCAGAGCCCUCGGCGUGGCCAUGGACGUGCCUGUCUGGGUACAGAAGCCCAACGUGGACCUGAAGAUCUGCAUGUAUGACCGGCUCUACCAGGACUCCGUGCUCGUGCACACACGGUCGAAAGCAGCCCUACGCCUCAAGUUCGAGGUCUGCAAGGAGCUGCGGGGCCACGUGGAGCUCCUGCCUGAGACAGGCUACAUCCAGGCUCUGUCCUCCUACUCGGUGCAGCUCAAGUUCCUGCCCCGACACUCCCUCCCAGAAGAUGCGGGGAAGUAUUUUGACCAGGAAAGCCGAGUUCUGGAGGCUCCAAUGACCAUAUGGGUGGCUGACCAGAUGAAACCGGUGGGGUUCACUGUCCAUGCCAUCGUCACCACCUCAGACCUGGAGAUCAGCCCCUCCGAGGUGGACUUUGGCUACUGCACCAUCUAUGAGGCCAUCAGGACACAGAUCAGGCUCUGCAACCGCUCGCUCCUGCCCCAGGAGUUUGGGUUCGUCAGACUUCCCAAGUUUGUGGACAUCCAGCCCAACGAUGGGUUCGGCACAAUCCUGCCGCUGGAAACUCUGCAGCUCGAUGUGCUCUUCCAGCCCACCAGGGCCAAGGAGUACAACUUCGAGCUGGUCUGCAAAUCUGAAAUCAACCGAUGCUUCAAACUGUCUUGCCGGGCUGUGGGGGUCCACCCGCCUUUGGAGCUCUCCCACCACCAGAUCAAGUUUGCAGCCACUGCCUUGUAUGACACCUCCGUGGCCAUGGUGUACAUCAGCAACUCCCACCUGAGCAUGAACUCCCUGACCCACUCUGUGCCCCGGACUGGCUCAGAGGAUGCCUUCCCCGUGGGACCAACGUCUUUCGAAUUCCUGCCACCCCCAGACUCACCAAUCACCAUCACACCCUUAGUGGGGACCGUGUUGCCAGGGAAGAGGUGCCUGGUCCAGGUGGCCUUCCGGCCCGUCCUGCCCAAGGAGCUGAUCUACCAGGAAGCCCUUCAGAUUGCGAACAAAGAAACGGAGGCCAGGCUGGCUGCAAAGAACAUGAGCGCCCGCAGGAAAGACCUGUGGAAGCAGUCCGUCUCCCUACUGCACAACUGGGACCAGCAGAAACAACAGCUCGAGAGCAGGUGGACUGGGAGGGGCUUUGCUCAAAACAAGCCCCUGGAGAGCUCUGACAGGCUUGGCUCACUGCCAGCCCUGUGGCCACACCAGCAGCCCCAGGAACAUGGCUCUCUAGUUAGGGGCCACAGGCCCUGUGUCCCACCCCUUCCCUGGGGCUGCCUGGCACCUGGAGUGGGUGAGGCCUCCACGGGAGCAGCCACAGGGGAAAACCACCUUGUCAGACAGACCUGUGACAGCCACAGCCUGGGCUCCAGGGGGCAGGUGUGGCCUUGUAGACCCCUCCAUGUAGUAUGGGGAGGUCGGAGCCCAGCUGACAAGCCCAGGGCAGGCCCUCUGAUGGUGGCUGGUGAGCAAGGUGGGGCGGGUGCGAGUGCCCUUUGCUGGCUUCAUUCCAACUCCAACAGGUACCAGGCUGCCCAGGCCACUCUGGUCAGAGCUUUCCUAGGGAAGUUUGACAAAUUUGUGGUCCCCUGUGUCAUUGCCAGUGGUGACAUCAAAGAUAGGAGCAGAUCAGAGCCUCUGAGUUUCAGCCCCCACAACACCCUGUACCUGGAGCUGUGGUGUCCAGCAGUGGCACCUCCUGUUGUGGUGACAUCAGAAAAAGGCAAGACCACCUUGAACUUUGGUGAUGUCGCCGUAGGACACCACAGCAUAAAGAAGGUCUCCAUCCAGAAUAUCUCCCGCGAGAAUCUCACUGUGGAGUUCUCAGUGCUGGACCCCAACGGCCCCUUCGUCCUACUGAACCCCUGUGGCAGGCUGCACACAGGCCAGACCCAGGUUCUGGUGCUGUCCUUCUCUCCCCACAAGAGCAUCUUGGCUCAAGAAAUGCUGGACAUCAUUACCAAGAGAGGCACACUCACCCUCACCCUCAUAGGCACCGGUGUGGCAUCCAUAAUCAUGUGCUCCAUCGAAGGUGACGUGCUCAACAUGGGCUACGUGAUUGCUAGGGAGUCUGUCUCCACAAGCUUCAAGCUGCAGAACAACUCCUCGCUUCCAGUCAUGUUCUCUAUGCGGCUGGACAGCCUCUCUGGCCGCAGGAGCAAGGCCCAGCAGCUUCCACGGUUCCUUGCCUUGCCAGCCCAGAGGACAGAGGUGGUCGGCACCCAGAACUUCAAUGGCCAGAGCGUGUUCAGCGUGGUCCCCGUCAAGGGCAUCAUGGACCCAGGGAAGACACAGGACUUCACUGUGACCUUCAGCCCAGACCAUGAGAGCCUCUACUUCUCUGACCGGCUCCAGGUGGUGCUGUUUGAGAAGAAAAUUUCCCACCAGAUCCUCCUGAAGGGGAUGGCCCGGGAGCACAUGAUGUUUGUGGAGGGUGGAGACACCCUGGAUGUGCCUGUGGAGUCCCUGACAGUGGUCCCAAUGUUUGACCCGGAGCACAGAGAGGGUCCUCCCUCUCCAGAAGGGGAGGAGCUGAGGCCCAUCCUGGUGACCCUGGACUACAUCCAGUUUGACACAGACACGCCAGCCCCACCUGCCACCCGAGAGCUACAGGUGGGCUGCAUCCGGACCACCCAGCCGUCUCCAAAAAAGACGGUUGAGUUCAGCCUGGACAGUGUCUCGUCCCUGCAGCACAAAGGCUUCUCCGUCGAGCCCUCCAGGGGCUCUGUGGAGCGUGGCCAAACCAAGACCAUCAGCAUCUCCUGGGUACCACCUGCCGACUUUGAUCCAGACCACCCCCUCGUGGUGUCAGCCCUGCUGCAGCUCAAAGGGGAUGUGAAGGAGGUCUACAAGGUCAUCUUUGUAGCCCAGGUGGUGACAGGCCACUGAGGCCACAGGAGCUCCAAAGAAUGCCCUUGGCCCCUCCUGACCACCCUCAAAGCCCUCCCCAGGCUGUGGGCCAGGCCAGACCACCAGGGGCCUGGGACUGAGGCAUCCCCUGCUGGGCAGGUUCAAUUGGACAGCCCUUGGCAUGGCCCAUGGCCACUUUCUGCUGCCCUGGACUCAAAGGGCCCAGGGUCCAAGAGCACUCUGCUUGGGCCUUACACUCAGAGCCAGCACAUAGCUGAUCCAACCCACAGCCUGCUGUUAGCCCAGCCCUCAGAGCCCAGCCUGUAGAGGCCCCAGGGGAGCCCCAACGCCUGUCAAUAAACUCUGUGAGCCAACAGGUGCAGGCCUUCAGUGUGGGUGACACAGAGUCAGAGGUGGGGACAGAACCCUGGGGAAGCAGCCCCACCCCUCCUCGAGUAUGUACGAGUGUGUGAGCACUGUGAACGUACACACCACACACACACACCUCACACCCCACACACAUGUCAAUCCAUCAAACAACUGCCUGGCAGGGUCUCCUGGAGUGUGGGAAUCUUGCUAGACACAUGUGGAGAGGCCACCCCAGCCCAAACGCCAGGAGAGAUCCCCAAGCCCAGAGCACUGGGCCGCAGCAGGCAGCAUGGGAUCCUGGGGUACAGGACCCAGACCCAGAGAGGCCCAGGGAGGAGGGAAGAGGGCUGGGACUCCAAAACUCAGGCAGACUCCUCCCAGUUCCAGGACCCCUGACAACCCCAAGUGAGGGGUCCCAGUUCACUCACUUGCUAUCCUCAGCCCAGCCAGAGCCCAGGGGAAGGCCCAGCUCUGGAGUUUGGGCCUCCCUUUGUCUGAGAUAAGGCCAUGCUGCACUUUUUGCAUUUGGACCUAUCCUUCAAGGGAGAAAACGACCCCCAGCACAUGAAAGGCUCCUGUGAACUCAGAACAGUAUGUGGACUCCUCCCCACCCCCACCUGCCAGUUCCUAUACUCUGGAGCAUGUCUAUUGGGAUGUCGCCGCAGAGCCCACCCAGCCUGGACCUCCCAUCACUAGGCAGCCUUCCUGGCUUGGUGGGUGGACAGUGGUUGCAUCUAGGUGCUUUCCUAAGCACAGGCCUUGGGGAUACCCAUCUGGAACUGCCCACCCUCACUCUAAACCCCUUACUGCUUAGGAACCUGUCAUGGCCCCAAACUUGAAGCCAGUGACUCUGAUGCUGGAGGGACAUUUUAUAGGACUUCUGUCUAGUGGGCCUUAGAGGUGGCAGGCCCAAGUCCCUUGCUGCCCCACUGAGGCUGACCAGCCAUAGCCCAGGUCAACUUCUGUGCCAGAUGGGAGAAGAAGAGGUCCACCAGACACAGGCCAGGUCCAGGCCUUAGGAGGAGAUGCUCCCUGAGGGCACUGUCCCCUGAGCAGCCUGGCAGGUCCCCGGUACUCAGGGGCUGAGGCCCUGCCCAGGUGCUCCAUGAGGGCAGAGCCUUUAACUUCCCCGGCU